UGAGAAGCUGUGUAUAUAUUGAGCCAAAGCAGAGUGCAGAGCAGAACUUCUCCAAACUGAAGAGCAGAUAGAAGAGAGACAUGGUCUUCCUCAGAGUGCUGCUGCUUUUAUUCCUUCCACUCAUUGGCAUUGCCAAAGCGAGGAUGCUGAGUCCAGACAGAGUGCAGGCAUUUGUGAAGGACAGUAAUGGUGUUCAGGAUGAUGAAACCUGCCAAGACUGCAUCCAUAUCAUAGAGAUCCUGAAACACCUCCUAAUGGAUAAAGAGUUCCAGAAUCAGUUUCAGGUGAAGCUGGUGAACAUUCUGGAGAAUGUAUGUGACUUGCUGCCUGAGGAGAUUGCGCAGCAGUGCCACAGUGAAGUGGAGAGUAAACUUUCUCUCACCCUGACCUUCGUCACUGGGCUGAUGAACCCUGGAGAAGUGUGCACUAAGCUUAACCUGUGCAAUGGCGGCUUCAAGCUGCAGAUCGAGGACAUUUUGCUGAAUUACAUACAGAAGACUAUCACACCGCUUAAUGCCAUGAUGGAGGCCUCGCUCGCGUGCAACGCUUGCACAUACACUUUAAAUGUGCUAGACUGUCUCCUCCCCAUAGCACAGACAGAGAGUGCUGUGAACACUUUGCUGGAUGAAGUUUGUUCUGUCCUCCCCAUCCUCAUCAGUGGUCAGUGCUCACGGCUGGUUCAGAGAUCAGUGAAGAAGCUGUUUGAGGAGCUCUUGAAUGCUGCAUCGCCCAACUCCCUCUGCUCUGUGCUGCGGCUCUGUCAGAGUAACAUGAUGCCUCCUCUCUCGGACUGUGACUCCUGUAUGACUCUGCUCAUCCUGUCUCGUCUCCAGUUGGGCUCCAACGCCACUCAGCCUCAGGUUACCUCCUUCCUGCGCUCCGUGUGCCAGUCGCACCCCGGCGUCCUGCCCAAGUGUGAGAGUUUCACUCAGCGCUAUGGUGAGCAGCUCCAGGGGAUUCUGGGUAAAGAGGCAGUAGCUUUGGAUGCAUGUGAGAGAGCCGAACUGUGUUUGGGGAGAAAGAUGACAGGGCAGGGAGACGUUGGUGACCCCUGCACACUGGGGCUGAGCUACAGCUGCCGAGAUCUACAAACUGCUCACGCCUGUAGGGUUGUCUCUUUCUGCCAGACAAACGUGUGGAAAUAGACGUCUGUUGGAUUUUGGCCAAUCACAUCGGCUUCUUCUCAUUACAUCAUCAGUGACACAUCUUAAAAAGAUUGUACAGAAAUCUACAGUCUGUUUGCUUUUCUAAUCUGGGCGACGAGGUGAACCUGAGCUCUGACCUGCUCUAGUUUAAGCAAAUAUGAAAAAAAGAAAAUAAUGAUAAGAUGAAAUCAGCCAUCGAGGCACUGACUCUUCAGACAUUACUGAUGCAAUGCUAACACUAUUACUACAUUCAGUGUUUGUUUUUUUUUGUCUAUUUCUAUCUUUGUUUUUGGAAAAUGAUUGAGGACGUGAUUGUCAAGACUGAGGUAACAUUAAACUAUGUAAAGAGUUA